UCGACGGAGCGCAUCAACCAGAUCGAUCAAGUACGAGCCUAUGGGAUUGGAGAUGUUGUUUCUCUACCCCUGCUGGUGGUCUGUGGCGACCAGUCGGCCGGCAAGAGCUCGGUCUUGGAGAGCGUCACUAACAUCCCGUUCCCAAGGAAGAGUGGACUUUGUACGAGGUUCCCUACUGAAAUCAUCAUUCGACACAACUCCACGGCUACGCGUAUUAUGGCCACUAUUCACCCACACGCCUCCAGACCAGAGGAAAAGAGAGAUGCCCUUCUACAAUACCGCCGCGUGCUAGCAGACAUAUCGGAACUCCCUGAUGUUAUUGAGCAGGUGUCCGCAUUGAUGGAGAUCCGUGGGUAUGCGGACCAUAGUUUCGGGAACGCGUUUGCGUCUGAUGUCUUGCGGAUUGAAUUUGUGGGCCAGACAAACCUUAAUCUGACCAUCGUCGAUCUACCUGGACUCAUCUCUGUGGCCAAUAAAGAGCAAACAGAAGAAGACAUCCAGCUGGUCAAAGACAUGGUCAAAGGCUAUCUUGCGCGACAGUAUGACCCGGAAGGUCAGAGGACGGUGGGGAUUAUCACCAAGGCGGACCUAAUUAACGAGGGCAGCGAGGCCAGCUUGGCGCAGCUUGCGAACAACCAGGCCAACAUCAAGCUCAACCUUGGCUUUUUCCUCUUAAAAAACCCGAAGCCGUCCGAGAUUGAAGAGGGUAUCAAACCUGAGCAGCGGUCACAGAGGGAGCUGAGAUUUUUCUCGGAGCCCGUUUGGAAGCAGCAUCUCGAUAUGAGUGGUGUAGGGGCCGAGAAUCUGAAGCUGUUUCUGCAGGACCUCCUGGACGCCCACAUCGAGAAGGAAAUGCCUCAGGUGGUUGAAGAUAUUCGGAAGGUCCUGCGCACCACAGAGGAGAGCUUGACGCGACUUGGCCAAGCCCGUCCCACUGUCGGGCACAUCCGCAUUUUUCUAACGCAAGUUAGCACCAGCUUUGCCCAGCUGGUCCAAGCUGCCUUGGAUGGCAACUAUCAUGGGCCAUACUACGAGUUUUUCGAUCACGUUGAGGAUUCGCGGUUGCGCGCCGUGGUCCACAAGAUCAAUGGCAAAUUCGCCACCGACAUCCGUACCCAUGGCAAAAAAAGGGUUUUGAGGCCGGCAGAGUCAGAGAUCGACUGGGCUCUGGAUGAAAAUUCAAUUAAGGAAAAUAACGAGAAGGAGCUUUUCGUAACCCAAGAGGAAAUGAAAAACUGGGUCAAAAAGGUGUAUUUGCGCACACGGGGUCGUGAGCUUCCAGGGAACUACAAUCAUGUCCUUCUAGCCGAGCUGUUCUUGGAACAAUCCUCUCGUUGGCUCCCCAUUGCCACAGCCCACGUGGAAAGCAUCAUCGCGAUCGUCACCGGGUGGCUGCAGCACGCCACUCGAGUGGUUCUACCCGAGGACAAGCUUCGUGGUGAUGUUCUUGCCAUUUGCUCUCAGUGUAUGGAGGACGCCGUCAAUGACGCUUUUAUGGAGCUUGAUAAACUUAAAAAAGACGAGCAGCGCCAGCCGAUUACGUACAACCAUUACUACAUUGACAACAUUCAAAAGUCCCGUCAUGGCUUUCUGCGUGAGGCCGUGGAAGGUGCUAUCAGAGAGACAGCAAGCUCGGAUUAUCAUGGAAAACUCCAUGUUAGCAACAUCCCCAUGGAUAUUGAAAAGUUCCUUGAGGCAAUGAAGCGCAAAGUCAACGUCGACAGGACGACCAGGCAUGUAGCCAUAAAGACUUUCGUGGACAAUGUCUGUCGGCAGGUCGUCGAGCGUCACAUUAUUGCGCCCCUCCCCGAGAUUUUCAGUCCAGUGACUGUUUCCCGAUUCACGGACGACGAGCUUCUUCAAAUCGGAUCCGAGUCGGAAAAACAAAACCGCAAGCGGGAAGAGCUUAGGGCCAGGGCAAAGAAACUGAGGAGCAGCCUUGAAAAUCUCCAGCGACGCUGACGGGUAUCUUCCUUCGGGGUUAUGAGGAGCCACUUCUCGCUGUUUUCCUUAAUUGAAUUUUCAUCCAGUUAUAUGUUGGUUUCAGACGCGGACCUUUACGGAUCCAGCGAUAUCCUAAUUUCAGUCGACACACUGGAAAGGUUAACAAAUGGUGGGGCAUAGGAGGUCAUACGCUCUUUUAAUUUGAUUAAGUUCAAAAGUAUAAUGAUAGAAAUCCGGCAGGCAGAGAAUGGGUACAUUUUGUGGAUUCGUUGCAAAUCUCGGCCCCAAAAAGGCAGGUCACACAUUGGUGAUCCACAAAACACAUGUCAAUUUCGGUGCAAGAACUGCAUUUUCAUCAAAUGUGCUGGGCUGGGCCUAAGUGCUUUGCAUCUGGUCCAAGCUAGAGCAGAGUGUUGAACAAAACGGGCACUUUGCCCAUUCAUAUGUCCACUAUAUGUGCCUGAGCAGCUGCUUUAACAUACAGACUAAGCGACAUGCCGCGUCGAUCAUAAUAAGCUCCGGCACAAAGUACCCGCCGCUCCAAUACCCGGUUGGCAUACAUAUCGGGACCUUUUUUUUUUUGACGGAAUCAGAAUAUGCAUA